GGCCGCCAUGCAUGAUCGUGGACCUGUUCAAUGACUUUCGCGAUGGCACCAAACUUUUGGACCUGCUGGAGGUGAUGAGCGGCCAGCGAAUCAGUCGGGAAAGAGGCCGAGGAAUGUUUCAGCACCGGAGCAACAUUGAGAAAGCGCUGUCGUUUCUGAAGACGAAAUCGAUCAAACUAGUCAACAUAAACAUUCCUGACAUCAUCGAUGGAAAACCGUCCAUCAUCCUGGGCCUCAUAUGGACGAUCAUUCUUCAGUAUCACAUCGAGGAGUUGGCCAGCUGCCUCUCCUUCGACUCCCGUCAGUCCUCCAUGGAGUCUUUGGCCAGUCUGGACACUCGGUCCACCCUGUCUAGUCGGUCGGCCAGCAGCAGCCCGGUCCCUCCCAGAGGUUCACCGCUUCACAGUCGCUUCAGGGUGUCGGCCAAGAAAGCUCUGCUGCUCUGGGUCCGAGAGCAGUGCCACAAAGCCGGCUGUACGAUAAACGUCAAAGACUUCAAGGCGAGCUGGAGGAGCGGAGUGAUUUUCCUGGCAAUCCUUUAUUCUCUACGACCCGACCUGGUGGAUUUAUCGAAAGCCAGAACCAGGAGCAACAAGCAGAACCUGGAGGAAGCGUUCCGCAUCGCAGAGACGGAGCUGAGGAUCCCCAAACUGCUGGAACCUGACGAUGUGGACGUUCGAGACCCGGACGAGAAGUCCAUCAUGACCUACGUGGCCCAGUUCCUGCAGUACUCCAGAGACCUGCCGGUACCGGAGGAGGAAAUGCAGACUCAAUACCUGACUCCACCUAAGACUCCUUCUCCCAUCAACCUUCCCGUUCACUACACUCCCGCUAUUUCUGCUUCACCUCUUCGACAGGCGACUCCAGAGCGUAAAGCUCAAGAGGUGACCUGUUGGCUGGUUCAGGCCUACGACGAGCUGCUGGAGGGAUGGGACUCCACCGCGGGAGAAAGCUACUCGGAGAGAUACCACGUGUUUCAGACCUUCCUGGUGUCCUUCAAUGAGCAGCGACGACCCAUCAUGCCUCUGUUAACGGCCAUGAGACGAACUCCAAAACUGAGCGAUGAGCAGCGAGCGCUAAGGGAGGCCUGGGACACGCUCACCGAAAAGAUCCGUGAAUAUAAGAUUGAGUUGGAUAUGAGUCUUGCAGCUCCUCUGGACUCUGUGGCUCGCUGGCUGCUGAGGACAGAAGGAGUUUUAGGUGAAGAAGAAGGAGAUCCUCAGGACCACGUCCGAGCUGCUGACGAAGCCAAGGAGAAGCAAGAGCUGCUCAAAGUUUGUUUGGAGGAGAUGCCUCAGCAGGUGAAGACCUUCCAGUCCUUCCAGAACAUUGACGAAGAUGGAAACAUGAUGGUUCCUACAGACAAGAUGUACGAACUAAAGACGAGGUUCACCAGCGUCAGAGUGACGUCCAAGUACCACGGCAUCAAGCUGGAGUACCGCGAGCACCGGCACACGGUUCUGGACCUGUUGGGGCAGAUCAGGACCAAACUCCGAGUCUGGAAAAGACCUUACAUCUCGCCAGAGGCUGUCAGGGUGUUGCUGCAGGAAUGGCAUGAGCUGGUGAACACACAGGAGCUUCCUUCUUUGUUGGAAGCGGCUCUUCGAAAGCUGAAGCAGAUUUCUGAGAAAUAUUCGAGCAAAUCUGCCCUCGCUGCAGAUUACCAUCAGGUGAGCCAGCAGGCCAAGCAGCUGGAGGAGGAAACCGCUGCUGUUUUGCAGGAAGUGACGUCAUCUAAAACCUCCAUGAGUCGGGUUCUGUCGGCCUGGGACUCGUACAGCGACUGUCUGAGCUCCCUGCAGGCCUGGCUGGAACAGGGAUCUGCAACACACCGGCAUGGACACAGGCCAGAGGUGACGUCCGAGUCGGUGGACGAGUGGGGCUCCCGGCAGGCCCACCUGAACGAGGUCGGAAACUUCCUGAUCGAGUCGACGGAUCCUCAGACCAGCCGGAGCCUCGCCGAGGAGCUGCGAAGGCUCAACAUGAACUGGGCCGAGUUCGUCAAGAGGAACACGUUUGUGAGCAUGGCUGAGGCCGCCGCAGACGUCCAGACGCAGCCGCAGGACCUCCAAGCUCUGAUCAGAGAAGCUACUCUGAUUCUCAAAGAGCCUCUGGAGGCGAUGGCAGCACCUCUACGCACCUACAGGAAACGAUUACAGUUCAUCAUGAGGAAGAUAAAAGAAGUGGAUCUGGAGGCUCUGAAUCCUUCCCCUGAAUGCACAGCGGAUCAGUUACAGAAACUGAAGCUGGCGAUACCUGAAGUGAUGCAGACCAUGUUUGAGGCUGAACAGGUGUGUGCAGAGCUGCAGCACAGUGUAUCCGGACUGAACAGCCGACUAGCCGAACUCCUGCUCUGGGAAACUGAAGCCAGGGAGCUUUACCAGCUGCUGAGGGCCGCAGGUCGACAGAAAAAACAACAGAGCCAGGACCCAAGAGCCCGGGCCCUCAUCUCCCGGGGUCUACAGCUGGAGGGUCAGGUGGUCACAGAGGAGCAGGACCUGCAGGUGAUGAUAUCGACGAGUCAGAAGAACUCUCCCAUCCAGUACCUCCAUGCCACCGCCAUGCAGGACCGAGUGCGAGCUGCCGUUGCUCAGGCGCAGGAAGCUGUUGGUAUGCUGAGCAGCCUGGGUGCCAGAAGAGACCGAAGCAGGAGCCCUCCAGAAGCAGCACCUCCGUCUAAAGUCUUUAUCCAGACUGAAGCAAAGCCUCAACAUCUGCGACAGACAGACACCAAGCAGCAAACUUACCAACCUGAGGCAAAGUUAGUUCUUCAUCACAGUCAUGAAACCUUUGUGCCGAAGAUAGUGGUGCAGGAAUACCGAGAAGAAAAGAUGCCGUCUCCUCCGAUGCCAUACAGCUACGCACAGGCUGUGACAGGGACCAGGACGAAGUCACCACCAGAAGGCUCGCCUCAGGCUUGGCCAGACACCGCUGCACAAAAACCACCAGAGACUGAGGAACAAAGAGUGUUUCCACAACAACAGCUACAGCAACAAGGACUUGGCAGACAGACAGAAACACAGCCAGGACAGCAGGAACUUAAACAUGACCAACCACAGGUACAACAACGGGAGUAUGUGCCAACACAACCACAACCAAGCCAACUCAAACAGGAACAAGAAGUGUUACCACAACAGCAGCUCCUGCAGCAAGGACUGAGCAGACAGACAGAAAGUCAGCUAGAACAGCAAGAACAAAGAGAACUCAAGCAGGAACAACAACGACGGCUGGAGCAGCAGCAAGUAAACAUGAGCCAAUAUGAAGUCCAACAGUGUGUGGUAACUAACGUACAAGUCGAAACACAAGUUAAACAAACAGCUGAGCCCCACAAGCCAACUUUACCUCAACAACCAGCUGUGAAGAAAGCAGCUCUGAGUUCCCAGGAGCUUCAAAGCAGAAAGGCUCAGGCCGCGAAGAACCGGCCCUGGCUUCAGAAACCAGCCCAGGGGAAACAGAAAGCUCCAUCUCCACAUCCAGACCAGGACUCCCCUCAGGAUCCAGUUCCGAUUAGACAGAUCCAGUCAAACAGAGAAACAGUGGCAUCAGUUCAAGUGGCUUCACAACAGACAGCAACUGCAAGGCCACAACCUGAGGCACACGCAAAAACUACCAAGAAACUUCAACAAAAACAAACACAACAACCUAAAAAUCUGGAUGAAGAGCGGCAACAACAAAAGGAACAACAAAAGCAACUGGCUCAGCAAAAACAGCAGCAGCAGCCUAGUGUAAGACAAAAACAACCAAUUUCAGAUGCCAAAACUAAAUCCCAGAAAGUAACUGUGAGUCAGUCCCAAUCACAGACAAAGACACAGAACCAGUCACAACUUGACACGACGGUUCAGUCGGUUGUCCAAGUGCAAAUGCAGUCCACAAAUGUGACUCAGACUACUGCAGAUAGCAAACAGCCACACAUUCUUCGACAGCCUCAUAGUCCUGUGAAGAUGCAGUCCCCAACCCAACCACAGGCACAACUACAGCCCCAGUCCCAAACAUACAUCCCAGCUGGACCUCAGCAGUCUGGGCAGCCACAGGAUCCUGCCCAUAACCCCUCUGUUGCUCAAGUUCAGACAUGGGCUCAGGUCAGACCUUCUUCCCCGAUGCAGGCUCCACUGCAAGGCCAAAUCCAAGCUCCUGCGCCAACCCACGUACAGCUUCGUACUCAUCCACAGUCAUGGGCCCCUGUCAGGCCCCCUUCACCUAAGCCACCAACACAGACCCAGUCGGUUAACAUGGCUCAAACUCAAGGUCAGCCCAUGGUUCAACCUCAAACCCAGCCUCAACCAAAGACACAAUCUCAAAUCCAUGCCCAGUCAGUGGGUCUGGGUCAAACCCAUCCCCAGUCCAUGGUCCAGUCCCAUCCCCAGUCCAUGGUCCACCCCCAAGCCCAUCCCCAGUCCACGGUCCACCCCCAAGCCCAUCCCCAGUCCACGGUCCACCCCCAAGCCCAUCCCCAGUCCAUGGUACACCCUCAAUCCCAUCCCCAGUCCAUGGCCCACCCCCAAUCCUAUCCCCAGUCCAUGGUACACCCUCAAUCCCAUCCUCAGUCUAUGACCCAGGCUCAACCUGUCGUCCAGCUACAAGGUCAACCUAUGACCCAGUAUCCCAUACAUGCUCAACCACCAGUCCAGCAGCAAGGCCCCAUCUCCCAGGGCCAGUUGCAGUCUUGGUCUCAAGUUAGAGCAUCAUCCCCAAUGCCUAUCCAGCAUCCACAGGGUACAGCACAACCUCAGCUUUUCCAGCAGGGUUACCCCCGGGGUCAGUCUCCAUCCCAGCAGUGGACUGACAAACAAGAGCCACCAAAUCAAGGCAGUCCCCAGCACAGACAACCCAUUCCCCAACCAUACCCGCAGCAACAAGGCCAAACUCCCCCUCAGGUGUAUCCAGCAGUUCAGCCUGUGCCACAAUGGGCCCAGCAAGCUCCUCAGAUUGGGCCCCGUGGCUAUUCUCACAUGGGGUCUUCAUAUGGUCAACCUCAAAUGCCGCCUCGGGCACAAACCCCACCCUGGACUCAAACACAACCCCAAAUGAGGCCCCAGAGUCCCAUGCAACAGCAGCUACCCCAGGUGGGUGCUUACAAUAUAGUUCAGACACAACAAGGCCAAGUUCAGCAACAGACUUGGGUUCAGGGACCCCCACAACUACAGUCCCAGCAAUAUCACCAGCAAUGCGUACAAGUUCAGCAUCAGGCUCAGGUGCAACCUCAGAUGCCUCUACAGGCACAACCACUUCACCAAGCUCAUCCUCAGCCUCAACCUCAGACACAGCCGAUGACCCAAGCAAAACUCCAUGCCACGGCUCAACAGCCUCAGUCUAGCCUCCAGUUCCAGAAACCCACUCCACAAUCCAAACAACAGUCCCACCUCCAGGCACAACCGAUGGCUCCAUUGCCUACUCAGCUAAAAGGUGAAUCAACUCCACAGCCAAAAUCUCUGCCCCAAUUAGCACCACAAGCAGAAGUUAAAUCGCCAGCUCAGCCUCAGGUUUACUCACCAACCCAAACCAAGCCUGAGCCACUGUUCCAACCUUUCCCAGGAGCCCAGUUGUCACCAAAACCUAUGGCUCCAUCACCAAACAUACCCAAGAUUGAAUCACCACAACAACCUAAGAUACAGGCCCAAGCUACACUACAACCUGUGGCUCAACCUCCAACUCAACCCAAAGUUCAGUCACCAACCCAAACCAAGGUCGAAUCACCACCACAACCCAAUGUGCAGGUCCAGGCUGCCUCACAGUCUGCGAUUCAAAUGCCAACUCAACCCAAAGUUCAGUCACCAACCCAAGCCAAGGCCCAAUUAGUGUCACAAACCAAACCUGAACCCCAACUUCAGGCUCAGUCACCACCAUUACCCAAAGCCCAAACAACACCACAGUCCCAGGCUCAGUCACCUCCACAGGCCAGACUCCAGACCCAGCCACUUCCUCAAACAAAAACUCAAACUCAGCCUCCUCUCCAACCAAAACCUCAACAGCCCCAGACCAUUGCCCUCUCUCAGGUCAGUGUGUUGCCUCAAACCCAGGCUGAGUCACCAGACCUCUGCAUUGUUCCUCCUGCUCUGGCCCAAGCACCUCCCCAGGCCUACACAGAGGCCUACAUUAAGGCCCAGGCUUUGGCCAGGAACGGCUUUGAGGAGGCCAAGGACUGCCUGCAGGCUCACAUCCUGGAAGCUAUCAAUGUCUUCAAAGACAAACGCCUAUCAACUGAGCAAGCAUCAGUGAAAGAGGAGACUCUGAGGACUCUUGACCCAGAGUUACUGGAGGAGUUCUUGAGAGCAGCGAAGGGCAUGGAGGCCUUUUGUACUGCGUCACAGCUCAGAGACAUGGAGUUCUUCACUCAGUCUGUCAGGACACAGUGGGAGGCCUGUUUCUCAGCGGACUACUCCGAGGCCGGGCAGCACCUGGAGGCCCUGAAGGAGCUCUGCGACACCCUGAGCCCAGAGGACGCCCACCGCCUGGCCCAGACUCAGCUCAGGGAGUGUGAGAAGAGGCUGGCCGCCAUCCACCGGCAGUUCAGCGGAGACCAGGAAGCCCCGCUAACGGACUCCAGGAUUCCUGUUUCUUUCACGGAGGAUCUGACUGCACUAAAAGAAGCUCCAAAACCAAGUGACAAACCUCAAGUCUCUGCUGAGACGCUAACUGUGGAGAAGAAGGAGGUUGAAAAACAGGCGUCUGUAGAAGAAGUCACCAAGAAGGAGGCUUUAGACCGAUAUGAGAACGCGAAAAGGACUCUGCAAACCCAGCUGGUUAAAAAUGAGCAGAGCAUCAACGAGGUUCCGUCUGACUCGGUUUCUCUGAAAGGUCUGCACACAAGACUCCAGGAAAUACAGUUCUUGAGGCAGGAGACGGAGUCUCUGUGGUCCGACUACACCAACCAGUGCUCCCAGUUGGACGGCGGCUCGUCUCUGGACCAGGAGAAGGCCGAGCUGCAGGACCAGUGGCGCCUCCAGCAGUCCAGCCUCCAGCGGAGAGGAAGUUCUCUGGGAGCUGCUCUGAGGCAGAUCGACUCCACCGAGAACCACAUGGUGGACUUCACCGACCGGCUGGACCGAUACCUGCGGCAGCCCAAAGACGUCACGGCGUUCAGUCUGGCCAACAGCAACAUCCUGAAGGACAUCAAGGAGCUGGACGAGAACAUCCAGAGUGAGCUGGACCAGUUGUCCCGCCUGGACCCAGAAUCCAACGAGCUGGACCCCAGAGAGUGUUUCCCUCUGAGCCGGGAGGUGGAGACCCACAGAACCAGCCUGGACCAGCUCCGCCAGCAGGUCCGGAAGAGCGAAGCCGCCGCCCGAGCCCUGGACCGCUUCCUCAUGUCGCUGCGUACGGUGGACGAGGACAUCUCGGGGGUCCAGGGCGCCCCCUGCAGCGACGCCGCGGUGCUGCAGGACUGCCGCUCCAAGCUGGCCCUGAUCCGGCAGAGCAUCGACAGCCUGAAGGAGAAAGCCCCUCAGCUGGACCUGCUCCUCCAGGGGGCCCGGCUGACGGUGACCAGGGAGGGGGUCCCGGCCUCCUGCCUGGACAUGGUGACGGCGCUGCUGAGGAGGCUGGAGGAGGCAGACGGCGGACUGGCCAGCCAGCAGAAAGGCCUCCAGAAGGAGAUGCAGAGCAAGUCUCUGGGCCUGAGGAUGAGGACGAUGCUGGGAGAGAUGAGGAAGCUGCAGGAGACCAUCGAGAGCCAAGGACUGAAGGAGCCCACCAUGCCGGCAGUACAGCACAGACUCCGUGCUCUGACAGAUCUGGAAGGUCAGAUUCAGGCUCAACACGCGGAGCUGCAGAACCUCAGAGAACUUCAGGAGAAACAAGGAGGAGGAGAAACCGUCCUGCAGGAGCUGGAGACUCAGUGGAGGGACACUCACAGAGCUUUUUCUGACGGGAAGAAGCAGUGCAGCUCUCUGCUGGAGCUGCUGAAGAAGUUCCAGACCUGCCGGAGUCACCUGAGCAACACCGUCCAGAAGGCCGAGCAGACCAUCAGCGACCGGGCGUCGUACAUGGGCAAAGACAACCUGCAGAGGAGCAUCGCAAAGGUUGGGCAUAUUAAAGAGGAGCUGGCAGGUCUGAGGGAGCAGAUGGAGGAGAUGAGGGGAGUUUGUAAGCAGCUGCAGACCGAACUGAAGAAGAUUCCAGACAUCAGCGAGACGCCGUUUGAAGCCGAAGCCGAGACUGUGAUGGACAGCUGGCUGGACGUAACGGAGAAGACGGACUCCUACAUGGACAACCUCAGAGUGGGUCUGGAGCUGUGGGAGAAGCAGCUGAUGCUGGGUGGGGAGGUGGACAGCUGGGCUGGAGCCAAACUGGCCACGUUCGCUGAGAGUCACCCCUUCAGCAACGAGCAGCAAGUGCUGGCCAUGAGGGACGAGAUCAACGCCAACGAGGAGAACAUUUCUCACUUCCACAAGAAGUCUGCAGAGAUCCAGGAGAUGCUGCAGAGUCAGGAAGCUCCACUGGAACUGCAGGUGAUGGAAACCCAGCUGAGGAAGAGGAUGGAGCAGGUGAAGGAGCUCUUCACCGACUGCACCGACGUCUUCGAGGAGCUCGUCGCCGUGAAGAAACAUCUCUCAGAGAAGAUGGAGCAGUGCCAGUCCGCCGUGGAGAACAUCCAGACCUGCCUCAGUAAGAUCGACGCUGCAGGACCGAGGGUGGAAGCCCAGAUUCAGGAGCUGAGCGACGAUCUGGAGUCUCAGGAGGAGCAGGCCGAGGCCGUGCUGAAGGAGGUGGGGAUGGUUUCCAGCGUGGCCAGUCCUCAGGUUCUGGAGGUUCUGGAGGUGGACUGCAGCCGGCUGAGGGAAGCCAUCAACAGAACCAAAGACAUGAUCCACCUGAAGAGGGAGGAGCGAGACAAAGGUCUGCUCAAGGUUCUCAAAGAUGAAAGACAAUCCUUUGAGGGAUGGUUCCAGAACUUACAGCUGGCCGUGAACGAGUGCUUCGAGAACCCUGAGACUAAAGCCGACGUGGAAACAUUCGUACAGAGGCUGAUGGCUUUCCUGAAGUCUAAAGAUGCAGAGCGACGUCUGGAUCAGCUGAAGGAUCAUCUGCAGAGAGGAAACCAGCAGCUUCCUGCUCAGCAGCUGUCGGAGCUCAGUGAUUGGCUGAAGGAGCAGCAGGAGGAGGUGGCCACGUUCAGAACCCACUGUGAGAACCGGCAGGAGCAGAUGGAGGUGCUGCUGAACGACCUGAACAGUCUGCAGAAGCAGCACGACAGCUUCCGCGAGUGGCUUCAGCACAAAGAGAAACAAUCUCUGGUGUCGGAGAAAAUCAAAGCUCUGCUCAAAGAGCUUCAGGACGAGAGCAGCAGAUCUGGAACCCUCAGUGAACUUUUAGCUGCGGUUCGAAAACAAGGAGUCCGAGGAGAAGCUCUGCUGAAGGACGGAGAUAAUUUAAUCCAACGCUGCAGAAACCUGGAGGCUCGACUGCAGAAACAAGCCGAGGCUCAGGACGUCCUGGAGGGAGAGUUGGAUCAGUUUAACGUCCAGAACGACAGAACCAGAACCUGGAUCAGCGACCUGAUGAAACCUCUGAAGGCUCCAGGACGAGUGGAGGACAUGAAGGACAAAGCUCUGGCCGUCCUGAGCUCCAAACCCGAUGGAGACUCCAGACUGAGCGACCUGAGGAGACAGAGUGAACGUCUUUGUGAUCAGGAGGAUCUGGAGGAAACCAGGAAGCUGAAGGUCCAGCAGACGGUCAGAGAGGCUGAGAACCAGUGGAGGGAAACUCUGCAGGCUGCCGAGGAAACUCUGAGCACGGCCGAGAAACGAGCUCUGGUGGACAAAGACCUGGACGAGUUCCAAACCCAGAAUGAGGACCUCCAGUCCUGGAUCAGAGCCCAGGACCAGAACCUCAGGUCUCUUGGAGGCCACAUGCAAGUAGAGGAGAAGCUGCAGGUAGCUCAGUCGGUCCUGAGCUCCAGACCCGAUGCAGAGUCGAAGCUCCAGAAGCUGAAGCAGCAAACCAAGACUCUGUGUGAGAACCAGAACCUGGAGGAGACCAGGAGGCAGCAGCUUCAGGACUCCGUCAGGAACACAGAGGAUCAGUGGAGGAACGUCCUGCAGGCGGCCGAGCAGAACCUGAAGCAGGCGGAGAGCGAAGCUGCAGCCGAGCGAGACUUGGACGCUUUUAAAAGAGAAAGUGAAACGGUCCAGUCGUGGAUCAGAGACCAGAAACAGAAAGUGAUGGGACUCGGGACUCACCUGCAGUUUGAGGAGAGACUUCAGGCGGCACAGGCCGUCUUAAAUUCCAAACCUGAAGCCGAGUCGAAGCUUCUCGACCUGACGAGGCGUUCUGAGAGUCUGAGCGAUCGGCUGGACGACGCCAGGAAACCGGAGGUGGAGCAGCAGCUGAGAAACGCCGAGCUCCAGUGGACGGCGACUCUGCAGGCGGCCGGACAGGCGGAACUACGGAGUCUGUCGGACGACUUUGAGGCUCAGAGCAGAAACACUGAGUCCUGGAUCAGAGAGCGACAGAAGAAGCUGCAGUCUGUCGGCGGCAACGCGGCGCCUGAAGAGAGAAGCAGCACGGCUCAGAGCGUCCUGACAUCCAGACCUGAGGGCGACUGUCAGGUGAACAACCUGAGGAGACGAGGACAGAGUCUGUGCAACCAUCCAGAUGUUGAUGAAGGAAGGAAAGUCCAGGUUCAGCAGACGGUGAAGGACACCGAGGAGAUGUGGAGGUCGAUUCUGCAAGCAGCAAAACAGACGGAAGCUGCUGCAGGAACUGAGAUCGCCCAGAAGGCCGAGAAGAGGAAGGUGGAGCUGAAAGAAUUCGAUUCCCAUCAACAAGAAACUGAUCGCUGGCUUCAGGAUCUCCGCCAAAACCUGGACUCUCUGGGAAACCAAACCACUGCCGAGGACAAACUACGAGCUGCACAGAACAUAAUGAGCUCCAAGCCUGAAGGAGACUCCAAACUGCAGAAGCUCAAGAGACAAAACCAGAGUUUGUCUGCUCAGGACCUCGACGAACACGAAAAACAAGAGCUUCAGCAGAAAGUGAGGAACGCCGAGGAGCAGUGGGCUAAAAUCCUGCAGGACGCUAAGCAAGCCGUGGGCCAGGCUGAGCGUCGGUGCGCUCUGGACGGUCAGCUGAAGGACUUCCAAGCUCUGAAAGAAAGCACCAGAACCUGGCUGCAGGAGAAGCAGCAGAGCCUCGACUCUCUGGACAGUCAGACGGACCCAGAACAGACGAUAAACACCGCACAGACCAUUCUGAGCUGUAAACCCGAGGGAGACUCCAAGCUAACGGAGCUGAAAAGACAAAGCCAGAGUCUGUCCGACCAGGAGGACCUGGAGGACAACGCCAAACAGGAGGCUCAGCAGACGGUGAAAGACUCUGAGGAACAGUGGAAGACGGUUCUGCAGACAGCUGAGAACGCUCUGCAGAAGGCCGAGGUCCAGUACUCGCUGUCCAGGGAGCUGGAGGCCUUCAGUGCCCAGGCAGGAAGCACCAAAGCCUGGGUGGAAGGUCUGCGGAAACGGGCCGAUUCCAAGGGCAGCGGAACUCAAGGCAGCAAGGCUCAGAUAGAGGACAGGCUGAACACAGCACAGGCCAUUUUGAGCUCCAGGUCCAACGGUGAGAAUCAGGUGAUGGAGCUGAAGAAACGAGUUCAGAGUCUCUGUGACCAGAAGGACUUGGAGGAGGACAAGAAGAUGGAGGUCCAGCAGACAGUCAGAGAUGCUGAGAAGCAGUGGAGGAAAGUCCUGAAGACUGCUGAAGAGACGCAGAGACAGCUGCAGGGCCUCGUCCAUCGUCUGGAUUCUUGUCAGUUUCAACGAAGUCAGGCAGAAACUGGUCUGGCUGAGCUCCAGAAGCGGACGUCCUACCUGCCGAGCCUCUUCCCCUGGCCGGGUUUAGGAGAGCGACGGCAGGCGGUGGAGCAGGCCAGGACCCUGCUGGACCAGACCACGGCUCUAGCUCCGGUCCUGUCAGACGUCCGCACACAGGCUGCAGAGCUGUUUGGAAUCACGCAGGACCAAAGCUGGUCGGAUCCGUCCUGGAAAAGUAAAGAGGAAUGCAUCCCUGUUCUGCUUAAAAAACUGACUGAUGCGGUAACCAGCCUGGAUCAGGGCAUCCUGACGGAGCGUCAGUGCACCCAGCUGGUGGAGCAGCAUGAAGCAGCUCAGGACUGGUUGAGGGAACAAGUUAAAGGUCUGGAAGCUCCUGCAGCAGAUAGGAAGAGUCUGCACAGCGCCGUGAACACGCUGAAGGCCCUGCUGCAAACGGUGGACCGGGAGCAGAGGGAGAUGAAGGAGCUGGACUCGGCCAGAGACGUCCUGCUGGGUCUCUGUACUCCUGGAGGUCGGGACGCUCUGACGCUGGAGGUCGGCCACCUCCACGACCUCUGCUCCGACUCGGAGCAGGAGGUGAGGCGGCGUCUGGAGGCCUGCGAGGCUCAGCUGGAGGACCUGGACGCCCAGCAGGCCAGGAGGGCUCAGGGCCUGAAGGACCGAGCUGCAGCCCUGCAGUGGGAGCUCCGGUCUCUGGACCAGGCGCUGAGCUACAGCGAGCCGCUGAAUAACAUCGCUCAGCUUCAGCAGCGCUGGAACAGCCUCCAGAACUGUGAAAAGUCGCUGAAAGAUCUGGGUGUGAAAGUUGAGGAUCUUCACCAGGAGGUAAAAUCGUCGUCCAACGAGCUGCCAGCAGAAAUCAUCAGCUCGGUCGAGUCUUUAUCCCAGCAACACUCCAGCUUAAAAUCCAGACUAACUGAUCACCAGAACAGCUGCUCCACAAACACAUCUGGCUGUCUGAUCGACUGUCUUCAAGCUCUGCAGCAGUGGAACCACAAAAAACCAUCAGAGUCUAUUUCUUCUGUGCAGGUGAAGUUAGAAGAAGGUGCAAAGCUACAGAGUGGCCUGCAGGAGGCGCUUUCUCACCAGCAAUUUCUGAAAGCCUGUCUGACUCCAGACAUGUUUGAGAAACUAGAGAAGGAAGGUUCAGAGACACUAAAAGAAGCAGAUGCACAGAAAGCUUCUCUAAAUCAGAACUUAAAGGAACUUGAUCAACGCAGUAAACAAAAGCUGCCUGACAUUCAGUCCUCUGAUGUCCCUCAAGACAAUCUAGAAAAGACAAAUACCUCUAUAGUGGCACCACCACGAAAGAACAAAUGCUCACCUGAGAAAAAGUCUGAAAUGCAAUCAAAUGUUUCCCUCACAGAAAAGUCUGAAUCUACUGAAGAACUGUCGGUUUUAAUUGAGACUGUUGAAGGUAAGACUAAAUCUGUUGUGACAGCAGUCAUGAAAGACAAAACAAGCACUGUUGUGGAACAAACCACAAUUGUCCCAACAAAAAGAACAUCUCAGAGUGAAACGUAUAUUUCAGAAACUGUUACAGAGCCAAGUUCUAGUGCUUCUCAAGAAACACAGAUCAGAAGCGUUAAGCUAGGUGCCACAGCUGACCAGUCUGCACCUGUUCUUAGUACUGAGACUACACCUGUACCAUCCAGGAGAAAGUCCAAGACUUCAGCUACUAAAGCAGAACCUGCCCAAACCAAGAUGCAGUCUGAAAUGAGGAAACCUAUUACUGCUCAAACAUCAGGAACAGGGUUGGAAGAAGCAACAGAAAAAGCAACUACUAAUCUAGAUGUCCCAGGAACAACCAAUGCUGCAGGUGAACCCACCAGCAAACUGCAGGAGACAGUGAAGUCCUCUGAAGCUAAGUCAGUUUCUGAGCAAGCUGAGACCAAAGAUAUUGAUGCAAAAACUGCACAGAUCAAGGACGACUCUGAGAAUCUCAUGUCUCUCCCAACUCCAAAACCUGAGUCACCUGUUGAAGGAACCACAAGUGUGAUGAAAGAACCCGAGUUUGUGCCUGGGCAAACAGAAACUGCUGCUUUGGAACGAAGUGAAGUUUUACCACCCAGACACAAGUCAAAGAGCCCAAAAUUUCCCCUGAAACAUCCCGACCAGCAGGCAGCGCAGAUGAAGGAAGAACCUGAAAGUCAAACGUCUGUUUUGAGUUUGAAGGAGAAAACUGAGAGCACCGUUAUGGAAGAAACUAAACUCGUACCAACACGAAGAAAGUCAAAGAGUGGUGAGCCUACCACAUCCCAGUUAGUUGUUACCCAGAAUAAAGCUACUGAUGUGGAACCUGACACUCUAAAGUCUUCUUCAACUCCACAAGUGGAAAGAGAACCAACAGAAACUGAAACUAGUAUUCUUGUACAAGACACUAAAGUUAUACCAACCAGGAGGAAGUCCAAGAGUCUUGAUGUUUUCACAGGUCCAGAGCCAGUGUCUCCUGUUGGUAGAGCUCCUGAUGGGGAGCCUAAGGAAACCCAACAAGGAGGACCAGCUGCAACCACUGUUGUUGAAAAAAGUCCUUUUCUGCCCCCCAAGAGGAAGUUAAAGAGUACAGAAGUUCCUGAGGGACUUCAGAUAAAGGACAAUCGAGAAGGUCAAAAAUCUUCUGUAACUGUUGUUACUCAAGAAACAAAGCUUGUACCCACCAGAAGAAAGUCAAAGAAUGGUGACCUUUCUACAACUUCUGAGACAGUUGUUACCCACGUUGGAGCACCUGAUGUGGAGCCUGAACAAAACAAGAAAGAACCUGCUGUUCAGACAUCUGAAAGUACUGUUGUGGAAAAAGGUAAAGUUUCACCAACCAAAGCAAGGUCAAAAGGUCUGGAACUCUCUAGCAAGGAGGAAAAGCCUGACAAUCAGAUACCUGAAGCUGCUCUUGUAGAAGGAACUAAGGUUGUAGCGACCAGGAGGAAGUCAAAAGAAGGCCCUGGAAGUCAGAAGGCAUCUGCAACUACUGAGGUAGUCACAGGAACAACAAAGACUCCUGCAGUGGAAAAAGGAAAGCUUUCACCAACCAAGAGAAAGCAGAAAGGUCUUAAACUUUCACCAGAGCUUACUACCAAGGAGCAGACAAACACCAAAGAUAAGCAGGCCAUUCAUACGCCACCUUCAACUCCAGAGGGGAUCAGAGCAAAGACUGACACCGCUGUUGUUGAAAAGGGAAAGCUUUCACCAACCAAGAGAAAGUCAAAGGGUCUUAAGCCUUCACCAGAACUUACUACCAAGGCGCAGACAAGCACUAAAGAUGAGCAGGACCUUCAUACGCCACCUUCAACUCCAGAGUUGGUCAGAGUAACGACUGAUGCCACUGUUGUUGAAAAGGGAAAGCUGUCACCAACCAAGAGAAAGCCAAAGGACCUUAAACUUCCAGUAGAACUUACUACCAAAGAGAUGACAAAGACUAAGCAAGAGCCAGAUGCUCAGACGUCACCUUCACACCUAGAGGUGGUCACAGCAACAACUGAUAUCACUGCUGUGGAACAAGGAAAACUGUCACCAACCAAGAGAAAGCCAAAGGACCUUAAACUUUCAGUAGAACUUACUACCAAAGAGAUGACAAAGACUAAGCAAGAGCCAGAUGCUCAGACGUCACCUUCACACCUAGAGGUGGUCACAGCAACAACUGAUAUCACUGCUGUGGAACAAGGAAAGCUGUCACCAACCAAGAGAAAGCCAAAGGAUCUUAAACUUUCACCAGAGCUUUCUACAAAGGAGUUGGCAAAACCCAAAGAUGAGCCAGACAUUCAGAAGCCAUCUUCAACUCCAAGAGUGGUCACAACGCCAACCCAUAUCACUGCUGUAGAACAAGGAAAGCUGUCACCAACCAAGAGAAAGUCAAAGGACCUUAAACUUUCAGUAGAACUUACUACCAAAGAGAUGACAAAGACUAAGCAAGAGCCAGAUGCUCAGACGUCACCUUCACACCCAGAGGUGGUCACAGCAACAACUGAUAUCACUGCUGUGGAACAAGGAAAGCUGUCACCAACCAAGAGAAAGCCAAAGGACUGUAAUCUUUCAGUAGAACUUACUACCAAAGAGAUGACAGAGACUAAGCAAGAGCCAGAUGCUCAGACGUCACCUUCACACCCAGAGGUGGUCACAGCAACAACUGAUAUCACUGCUGUGGAACAAGGAAAGCUGUCACCAACCAAGAGAAAGCCAAAGGACCUUAAACUUUCCCCAGAGCUUUCUACAAAGGAGUUGGCAAAACCCAAAGAUGAGCCAGACAUUCAGAAGCCAUCUUCAACUCCAAGGGUGGUCACAACAACAACCGAUAUCACUGCUGUAGAACAAGGAAAGCUGUCACUAACCAAGAGAAAGCCAAAGGACCUUACACUUUCAGUAGAACUUACUACCAAAGAGAUGACAGAGACUAUGCAAGAGCCAGAUGCUCAGACGUCACCUUCACACCCAGAGGUGGUCACAGCAACAACUGAUAUCACUGCUGUGGAACAAGGAAAGCUGUCACCAACCAAGAGAAAGCCAAAGGACCUUAAACUUUCAGUAGAACUUACUACCAAAGAGAUGACAGAGACUAUGCGAGAGCCAGAUGCUCAGACGUCACCUUCACACCCAGAGGUGGUCACAGCAACAACUGAUAUCACUGCUGUGGAACAAGGACAGCUGUCACCAACCAAGAGAAAGCCAAAGGACCUUAAACUUUCAGUAGAACUUACUACCAAAGAGAUGACAAAGACUAAGCAAGAGCCAGAUGCUCAGACGUCACCUUCACACCCAGAGGUGGUCACAGCAACAACUGAUAUCACUGCUGUGGAACAAGGAAAGCUGUCACCAACCAAGAGAAAGCCAAAGGAUCUUAAACUUUCAGUAGAACUUACUACCAAAGAGAUGACAGAGACUAUGCAAGAGCCAGAUGCUCAGACGUCACCUUCACACCCAGAGGUGGUCACAGCAACAACUGAUAUCACUGCUGUGGAACAAGGAAAGCUGUCACCAACCAAGAGAAAGCCAAAGGACCUUAAACUUUCAGUAGAACUUACUACCAAAGAGAUGACAGAGACUAUGCAAGAGCCAGAUGCUCAGACGUCACCUUCACACCCAGAGGUGGUCACAGCAACAACUGAUAUCACUGCUGUGGAACAAGGAAAGCUGUCACCAACCAAGAGGGUGUCAAAGGAUCUUAAACUUUUGACAGAGCUUUCUACAAAGGAGUUGGCAGAACCCAAAGAUGAGCCAGACAUUCAGAAGCCAUCUUCAACUCCAAGGGUGGUCACAACAACAACCGAUAUCACUGCUGUGGAACAAGGAAAGCUGUCACCCACCAAGAGGAAGUCAAAGGGACUUAAACCUUCUGCAGAACUUCCUAGUAUAGAUUUGCCAGAGAACGAGAAAGAAAAUGAAUCGAUGAAUGGCAGAGAGCAAACUGGAGUUAUUAUUUCAGAAAAGCCUGAAUUUGCACGCACAAGGAGGGAGUCGAAGACUCUUGCAGACUCCAAAGAAGCUGAGAAAGAAACUCAAGGUGGAAAACCAGCUGUAAGUUCAACGGUGGCCACAGAACCAACCAAAACUGUUGUUGAAGAAUCAGGUAAGCUUUCACCAACUAAAAGAAAGUCAAACGUUUCCUUAGAACCUAUGAAAAAGGAUGAGAUUCCAACCGAGAAGGACUCUGACAAGGAGAGGUCCUCAUCUCCUUCCACAGAGCGAACCAGUGUUGGUGUUUUAGAAGAAGCAAAGCUUGUACAAACUGCAAGAAAGUCAAAUGAUGAUGAACUCUCUACAGUUCCAGAGUCGAUCCCUACCCCUGGGAAGCUUACAGAUGUGGAGACUGAAUGUACCAAGAAACAACCUGAUGGUGUGAAAACUGCAGUUGUGGAGAAAAGUGAACCAGUACCAACAAGGAGAAAGUCAAAGAGUCCAGAGCUUUCUGAGACUUCACAGAUUAUUGAUGUUGCAAGUACAACUAGUCACAUGGGCCCCGAACAAACUGAGAAAAAGUCUGAACAUCCAGAACAGAAAGAAGAACUAGAGAAGUUUACUGUUCAGGUUGGCAGCACUGAUGAUAUUAAGGACCUCCAGGGAAAUAAAGUGGUCAUAGUCAGUCUUGAGUCUGUCAUUCAGCCAAUUCAAGUGAUGUCUUCCAAAUCAGAGGAACCUAAAGACAGGUCAGAUAAGGCCCCAGAACAAACAAUUUCCCCGUCGACAGAAAGACAUUUAGUCACAGUCUCUCAAACACAAGCACCUCUCUCUUCAGACACUACAGACACACUGUAUGGACUGGAUUAUAUCGACAAACUGUGGAAAAACACAGAUGAGACUGAGAAGAGAUAUCUGGUCCUCGAUCUGCCGGACGUAGGAGUCACCAGGACAUGGGAGAUAAAGUCAGAUCAACCAGAGGCAAAGAUUUUUUCUGAAACGGAUUCUACUCAGCCUAUCUCUGCUGUUUCCUCAGUGUCGCAACCUCCUCAUGAGGGACAAGUAAGUCCAUCUGAUCAAGAAAUUAAGAAACUAACUGAAACUAUGAGUCAGCUGAGUCUGUCUCCAUGGGAAGCACAGCAGAAUACACUUAAAGAAGAUGGUGUCCAGAAGGAGCAAACUAUAGUGUCAACACAAGGCUUACAAGAUUUCCCAGAGAGCCAGAGCCAAUGGACUGUUCAGAAAAUCAUAACGGGGCCUGAAAUACGCAUUUUGCAACUAGAUAUAGAGGAGAAUGUGACGAUACCAAAGGAACCAAUGGUAGAUGUUGUCGAACCAAGUGUCCAGAUUGUGUGCGAAAGUAAAACUGAAGUUCCAGACAAUGUGACUCAACCAGACUCUGCUCAGCCCACUGCUCCUGCUUCAACAACUCAACCUCAGGCUGGAAUAGAAUUUAUAGAAAUCAGCUUGUAUGAACAAAAACCAACCCAAACUCAGACUCAAGUAUCCAAAACCAAGGUGGUCCAAGAACAGCAUCCUGACAUGGACAGUGCACCUAAAGGUUUGGAUGAAAAGUCUGUUACGAUGGAGGAAGCUCAAAUGGAGCCUAAAGUGUGCAUUCUACAACUGGAUAUACAAACCAGUCCUGAAGAACAAGGAAACACUUCUGUCACAGGAGCAAAUCAGCCACAGAUAGAUGUUUUUGAAGGAGAUGUCCAGACUGGAAGAGAAAAAGAUAAGACCACUGAUAUCAUGUUAGGGAAAGCUGCAGCUGAGGUGACUAAGAUAAUUAUUCAAGAAAGCAUCACUGAAUGUCAGAAAGACUCUGCUCAGCCCACCUCGCUUGUUUCUGAAUCACUACAACCAUAUGAGACAAAAGUUAUAGAAAUAAGUUUACCUGGACAAGACAUAGUACGACUAAGCCAAACUGAAACUAAAAUGGAGGUGCUGAAAACCACAGAGGUCAAGGAACAAGGUUUCUGUGAGGAGAAACCAGCACUGGGACUAGAUGAUGUACCCAAGAGCGUGGAUGGAAAAUCUGUUGAGAUGGAGAGUGAGCCCAAAGUUCUUUAUUUACAACUGGAUAUACCGACCAUGCCAGAAAACAAAGAUAAAACUACAGCUGAUGUUCACCCCAAGAAGACGCAAAGAGUGGACGUGCAACAGAUUAGCACCGAAAAGCCACAAAAAGUGUCUCAAAGUGAUACUGCUCAAGCUCCAUCUGCUGUUAUUGCAUCAGUGCAGCCAAGUAAAGCAGAGAAAAUUUUUGCAGAAAUAAGCCUGUCUGAGCAAGAUUCUGUUGAACCAGAAACUGUGAAGAAAGUAGAUGUCUUGAAAGCUGCAGAGGAUAGACCGAAAGAGGUCAAGGAUAUCAGCAUAGAGGAAGAUGUUAAAGUCUCUAAAAAAGAUGUUUAUGAUGCACCAAAAAGUCAAGAAGACAAGUCUGUUACUGUUAAAGAAAGAGCUGAAGUUCCAGUUUUAGAACCACAGAGACUGGCCACUGUACAGAAGUAUGAAAUCUUAUCUAUUGCAUUACCAAAAGUGACAAAAUUUGACAAAAAUCAAACAAGUAUCCAGAUUGGAACGGUGACACAAAACCAAGAACUGAUUUCUGCUAGCGUUCAGCCAGAAAAGACUGAGAAUGUCGAGGAACUUGGUCACAAAGAAUUUGUUGAAAUCAGCAAAUCUGAGCAAGACGCUGCAAAACCAGAAAGUGUGAAGAAGGUGGACAUCUUGAAAACCACCCAGGAUAGACCGAAGGAGGCGAAGGAAGAUGCACCACAAAGCCUAGAUGAAAAGACCGUCACUAUGGAGAAAAUCCACAAAGCAGCUGAAGUGCCUGUUUUGCAACCAGAUAAACCAACGAAAGAGAAAGAAAUCCCAUCUGUUCCUGCAAGAAAGAAAUCAAAGAUUAAUAAAAAUGAAACUGAUGCUGCAAAACCAGAAACUGUGAGUAAGCUGGCUGUCCUAAAAACCACAGAGGAUGAACCCAAAGAUGCCAAGGCACACAGCCUGGAAGAAGGUGCUACAAAUGUCUAUGAUGGACCCCAAGGCCUGGUUGAACAGUCUGUUACAGCAGAGAAAAUCUCCAAAGGGGCUGAAGUACCCAUUUUGCAAUCAGAUGAACCAGCAAAGGAACAAGAAAUCUCAUCUGUUGCUGUAGAAAAGGUGCCAGAGAUGGAAAAAUAUCAAGCAAGCAUCCACCAACACCCGACUUCUGAUAGCGUUCAGCCAGAAAAGACUGAGAAAGUCGAGGAACAUGUUCACCAAGCAUUUGUAGAAAUCGGCACAUCUGAGCCAGAUGGUGUAAAACCAGAGACUGAGAGUAUGGUGGACGUCCUGAAAGCCACAGAAGAUCAACCCAAAGACACCAAGGAUCACAGCGUGGAUGGCGAUGCUAAAGUUUCCACAAAAGAUGUCCAUGAUGCACCACAAGGUCUAGAUGAAAAGCAUGUUACAGUGGAGAAAAUUUCCAAAGGGGCUGAAGUACCCAUUUUGCAAUCAGAUGAACCAGCAAAGGAACAAGAAAUCUCAUCUGUUGCUGUAGAAAAGGUGCCAGAGAUGGAAAAAUAUCAAGCAAGCAUCCACCAACACCCGACUUCUGAUAGUGUUCAGCCAGAAAAGACUGAGAAAGUCAAGGAACAUGUUCACCAAGCAUUUGUAGAAAUCGGCACAUCUGAGCCAGAUGGUGUAAAACCAGAGACUGAGAGUAUGGUGGACGUCCUGAAAACCACAGAAGAUCAACCCAAAGACACCAAGGAUCACAGCGUGGAUGGCGAUGCUAAAGUUUCCACAAAAGAUGUCCAUGAUGCACCACAAGGUCUAGAUGAAAAGCAUGUUACAGUGGAGAAAAUUUCCAAAGGGGCUGAAGCACCCAUUUUGCAAUCAGAUGAACCAGCAAAGAAGCAAGAAAUCUCAUCUGUUGCUGUAGAAAAAGUGCCAGAGAUCGAAAAAUAUCAAGCAAGCAUCCACCAACACCCGACUUCUGAUAGCGUUCAGCCAGAAAAGACUGAGAAAGUCGAGGAACAUGUUCACCAAGCAUUUGUAGAAAUCGACAUAUCUGAGCCAGAUGGUGUAAAACCAGAGACUGAGAGUAUGGUGGACGUCCUGAAAACCACAGAAGAUCAACCCAAAGACACCAAGGAUCACAGCGUGGAUGAAGAUGCUGAAGUUUCCACAAAAGAUGUCCAUGGUGCACCUCAAGGUCUAGAUGAAAAGCAUGUUACGGUGGAGAAAAUGGCCAAAGGGGCUGAAGUACCCAUUUUGCAAUCAGAUGAACCAGCAAAGAAGCAAGAAAUCUCAUCUGUUGCUGUAGAAAAAGUGCCAGAGAUGGAAAAAUAUCAAGUAAGCAUCCACCAACACCCGACUUCUGAUAGUGUUCAGCCAGAAAAGACUGAGAAUGUCGAGGGACUUGGUCGCAAAGAAUUUGUUGAAAUCAGCAAAUCUGAGCAAGACGCUGCAAAACCAGAAAGUGUGAAGGUGGACGUCUUGAAAACCACCCAGGAUAGACCGAAGGAGGCGAAGGAAGAUGCACCACAAAGCCUAGAUGAAAAGACCGUCACUAUGGAGAAAAUCCAAAAAGCGGCUGAAGUACCUGUUUUGCAACCAGAUAAACCAGUGAAAGAGAAAGAAAUCCCAUCUGUUCCUGCAAGAAAGAAAUCAAAGAUUAAUAAAGAUGAAACUGAUGCUGCAAAACCAGAAACUGUGAGUAAGCUGGCUGUCCUAAAAACCACAGAGGAUGAACCCAAAGAUGCCAAGGCACACAGCCUGGAAGAAGGUGCUACAAAUGUCUAUGAUGGACCCCAAGGCCUGGUUGAACAGUCUGUUACAGCAGAGAAAAUCUCCAAAGGGGCUGAAGUACCCAUUUUGCAAUCAGAUGAACCAGCAAAGGAACAAGAAAUCUCAUCUGUUGCUGUAGAAAAGGUGCCAGAGAGAGAAAAAUAUCAAGCAAGCAUCCACCAACACCCGACUUCUGAUAGUGUUCAGCCAGAAAAGACUGAGAAAGUCGAGGAACAUGUUCACCAAGCAUUUGUAGAAAUCGGCACAUCUGAGCCAGAUGGUGUAAAACCAGAGACUGAGAGUAUGGUGGACGUCCUGAAAGCCACAGAAGAUCAACCCAAAGACACCAAGGAUCACAGCGUGGAUGGCGAUGCUAAAGUUUCCACAAAAGAUGUCCAUGAUGCACCACAAGGUCUAGAUGAAAAGCAUGUUACAGUGGAGAAAAUUUCCAAAGGGGCUGAAGUACCCAUUUUGCAAUCAGAUGAACCAGCAAAGGAACAAGAAAUCUCAUCUGUUGCUGUAGCAAAGACGACAAAGACUGCCAAAGAAGAAAAAGUGACCGAAAAGUUGAUUUCUAUUGAUGUUCAGCCAGGAAAGACUGAGAAUGUCAUAUUUCAACAGGGUUUGGUUGAACCAAGCCAAAGGGAUACUCCAGUAGAACCCUCUAAAACUGCACUGGAAAACCUCAAAGAGACCAAAGAUCCUGAAGUUCAAGAAAAACAAGUGUUGACGGUUGACGUACAAGAUGUACCUAAGAGCUUGGACAAAAAAUCUGUCAAAAAGACAGAAAUCGAUACAAGUGCACAAGAAUACAAAACUGUCACAACAGAAAAGAAACCACAAGUUGAAUCAAGUGUUCAGUUUGAGACCGUUAAAGAAAGCAAAGGUCUGACUUUCACUGAUGUUCAACCAGAGAAGUGUACAGCUGAAGUAGACGUGCAAAGAAGCUUCAAAGUCCAAACAGAAAAACAAGCAUCAGAUGCAACAAAAGGGAAAGAAGAACAACCACCAAAGGAGAAGAUCCAGGGACAGGAAAGGGAAACUAUCAGUGUAGAAUUACCUCUGCAAGUGAAGACAACCACCGCCACCAGUGAAGCGAGGGUUGACAGUGUGACUGCGCCACAGGAGCAGGUGUUCGGUUCUGACAGGACGUCGCCAGCGUCACUCCAGGCGCUUCGGAAAUCACCGACUCGCUGUAUCCCCGGUGAAAUAAGCCAUGUGGAAGGAGCGUCGCCUCAGGAACAGAAAGCGGAUGUCGUAAAGUCUGAGAAAGUAGUUCUGGAGGCGCCGGACGGAUCCGCCGUGAGGAACGUCUUCACGGAGAUCCAGCAGAUGGCAGGAACUGGACCCAACAGUCAACUCAUAGAGAAUAAACCAGUGGAAGACGCUCCAGAGGCUCUGAUUUCUCCCACCAGUGAUCUAGAUGUUCAUCUCAGCCGGCUGGUAUCCAGAGUCCUGAGCUGUAAGAGCUGCCCAGCCGAGCUGAGCCCGGCUGCCAUGGCCCGGCAGCUGGAGGAGGUUCAGGAGUGCAGAGAAGCAGCCCAGGCUCAGGUGUCGUCGCUGUCUCAGGUGAGAUCCGCUGAUUCUGAGAGCAGCAAGGCUCUGGAGUAUCUGGAGGACCAGUGGACCACCGCUGCUCAGGAUGCUGCCGCUGUCAUCCAGAAUAAAGAGGCUCAGCUUCAACUGGUGACCGACUACUGCGACCAGAUCCAAGCAGCAAAGACCUUGUUGGAGAACCAGGCGGCAGAACUGGAAGCUGUGAGAAUGUCUCCAGAUCAGAGCAGCUCCAAGGAGGCAGAGCGACUGUGUUCCUUACAGAGGAACAUGGAGGAGAACCGAACGCUGCUCGGAGAACUUCUGCUGACCCACAGUAAACUGAUCCCCCUCCUUAGCCGGUCUGAACGAACGACUGCACAAACUGAGCUCAAGAACCUUCAAGACAAAUGGAGAACCCUGGAGAGAACCGUGGAGAACAGCGUCCAUCGGGCAAAUGUCCAUUCUCAGAUCAGCAGCGGUGUUCUGGCGGAGUUGAAAAACCUGCAGGAACAUUUGGAAGCACUCAACAAAGGCCUGAAGGCCAAGUCGCCUUCUGAGUGGAACUGUCAGAAGGUUCAGCAGCUGAUGGAGGCGAACGCUGAGGUGAAAGCAGCCCAGCAGCAGGUCCUCCAUUUAGAGCAGCUGUCGGAGGCGCUGGUCCCCAGUCCAAGGUGGGAAACGGAAGCUAAGGAGAUGCAACAGGAGCUCCAGAAGGUCAGAGACAAGCUGAGCAGCACAGAGGAGCUGGUUUCCUCCCAAACACUGAACAGCAGCAGCCCCAUCAUGGAGAAGAUCAUCGUGGUGAUGAGGGACGGCUUCGCCUGGGCCAAGCAGACCGAGAGCGACAUCGAGGGCCGGAGGAAGAGGGUCGCUCUCCUCCCUGAGGAGGUCCACCGGCAGCUCAGAGACCUGAAGAAGCUGCAGUCGGAAGUGAUGUCCAAACAGGGCCAGCUGGAGGUUCUGGUGGAGGAGGUGACGGAGCUCCUGCCACAGCUGGACCAGGCUGAGGAGGUUCCCAUGGUUCAAGCAUCUCUGGAGUGUUUGGUUCAACUCUCGCAUUCCACCACUGAGAAGCUCUCCAAGGCAGAGAAAGAGAUGGAGUCAGGACUUCAGACCAGGGAGAAGCUGUCAGAGCAGAUUGCUGAUUUAGACUCCUGGAUCGUAGCUCAUCUCCAGAGAGAAGCUUCUAGAAGCGCCGACAGCGAACUCAGAAGUCCUGCUGAGUUCGAUCGCAGAGUUCGCCAGAUCCAAGAAACCCUCAACGAGGCUGAGAAACAGGCCGCCGUCUGCGAGUCUCUUUUAAUGAAGAGCAAAGACAUCGCUUCAGAGCUCAGUGUCGCAGAAAACUGCAAACUCUUCGACAAGCUGACCAACCUCCAGGAGGACAUCACGGCCAUCAGCAGCUAUGAGAAGGCCAACAAGGAAGAGCUGGAUGACCUCCUCCAGAACGUAGAUUCCAGCAAGAAAAACCUGGUCACGGUGGAGAAAAGCCUGAGGCAGAUGUUGGUGGAGCUGAACAGGUACAGGUUCCCCAUCACCAGAGAGUCUCUGCAGGCUCUGGAACCUUUCAAACACCUGAUCCUGGAGCACAAGUCCCAGGUCGACCAUCUGCAGCCCUGGAUCCCUCAGGAAAAGACAAGAGAACUGAACUCGGUUAUUUCUGAGCUUCACAGUAAGAUGGUUCUCCUGCAGACCAAAGCUAAAGACCACGAGACGUACCUGAACCUGAGGCAGUGUGUGGAGGAUCUACGGGAGAACGUCCAGGAGCAGGUUCUCCAAACCAAAGACGACAGCAGAGAUGUGGAAGAAAAAUAUAAAACCUGUGAGACCCUCCUGGUCCAGUUUCCUCUGAUGAAGAUGUUGUGUGAAGAAGCUGGCUCCAAACUCCAGUCGAUCUCCGCAGAUCUUUACCCGUCACAGCUGACUGUGGAGCGCCAGAGGCUGAAACAGAACGAGGAGAGUCUGGACACCUGGGAGAUGACGCUCCGCAACAACCUCAGCAUCAUCGAGUGGAGCCUGCUGAAGGACCUGGACCUGGACUCGGAGAGGAAAGCCGUCCAGACGUUCUUCUGGUGGUCCCAGCAGGAGCUGAAGAACUUCCUCGUGAUGGAGCCGAACGAAGCAGCGAUUAACAAAGAAUACCGGAGAGUCCUGUCUGUGAAGAAGGCCGUGGAGUCCAGGAUGAGAGCGGUGGAGGUUCUAGAGAAGAAGAAGGGAAAGAAACAAAGCUCUCGUCAUCUGAUGGACUUCAAGAACGUAGUCCUCGGCGAAUGUAACUCACAAAUGGAGAGCAUCCUUCAGGCCCGAGAGUCUCUGAGGAGCUACACCGGCACCGUUGGAGAAGCGGUGGACUUUCUGAGGGACCUGGAGGUCCAGCUGCUGCCUCCUCACGGUUCUGCUGGGUUCUGCUCUCAGAGUCUUCAGGGAACCCGGCAGGCUUUAGAUUCUCUGCAGCAGCACUUCCAGACCCACGUGGAGAAGCUCCAGAACCAGGCGGCGCUGCAUCCCUACCUGUCCCCACAGAAGGUGGAGCAGCUGCAGGAGAACAUCCUCAGCCAGCUGCUGGUCCGCAUGUCGACCCUGCAGGCGAAGGGUCACGUUAGACUGGAGAGACUCAGCAGGUGUGCAGAACAGCACAGAAACUACAUGAAAUCCCAAGACGAACUCAUCCUGAAUGUGAAAACUGCAGAGAACCGACUCCUGCAGCUCAUCUCUCAGAAGGUCACCUGUCUGGCCGACUGCACCGACCAGGAGACGAAGUACACAGCUCUGUGUGAGGAGAUGGAGUCUCUGCUGAGGCCUCUGGAGGAGCUGAAGGAGUUUUGUUCAGAGCAGAGCUGUAGAGGAGGACGGGAGGCCGUCGUUAGCACCCUCUGGAGGAGAUUAUCGAGGCUGCGACGCUGCACUAAGGAGUUAAAGAUACGAAGCAAACAGAGAAUCACUGAAUGUGAAGACAUCACAAACAGCGUGGAGAAGGCGUCUGCUGUCCUGGAGCAGGUGGAGGCGGAGCUUCCCGAGGCCUCCAGGGCGAAGCCGUCCACCGAGGAGCUGCAGGACCUGCUGCAGUCCUGGGAACAGUACCAGGACCGGCUGGACUGCGAACACAGAGCCUUGUCUGCACUGGAGCUGCGAGCUGCACGGCUGCUGGGAGUCCCCUCCCACCUGGAACAGGCUCCGCCCAUCCUACUGUGUCAGCAGCUGCAGAAAAUGCAGGGACGAUACGGCAGGGUGAAGCAGAGGAGUAUGGAGGGAUUAAUGGCCACCAGGAUGGAGCUGGAGGAAAGAGAAAAGAUCCGAGAGGAGCUUCAGGGCGUCCGGGUUUGGAUGGAGGCCGCAGAAUGUGUUCUGGUGGAGAUGGAGAAGAGCAGCAGCACUCAGCAGCUACAGGACCUCUACAGCCAGCUGUGUACCCAGAAAUCUUUACUGCAGCGCAUCAUGGAGAGUCUGAAGAUGAAGUACUCGGACAUGUACUCUCUGGUACCAGUAGAGGUCGACAGCCAACUAAAGGAAGUCACAAAGUCACUGCAGGAAGUCGAAGUAAAGGUGGGCGAGGCGGUGUCCAGGAGUGGUCCGGUCCAUAAACUGGGAGCGAAGCUGUCGGAGAUCCAGGCCGGUCUGAGAUCAGUUCAGAACCGACUGGAACAGAGAAGUCCAACGGUGAUCGAAGCAAAGGUCACUCAGAAGCGUGUCUGGGACGAGCUGGACGUCUGGCAUUCCCGUCUGGCCGCUCUGGAAGUCGACCUGCAGGACUUGGAGAAGCCCGAGGAGGCUUUAGUCCUGACGGAGAGGCUGGUGGAGGUUCAGCAGCAUCACUCUUUACUGGCCAAACAGGCGGAGCAGAGGACGACGUUACUCAGCAAGAUCCACACGUGGCUCCAGGAGCAUCAGGAGAUGAUCAACAGCUCUAAAAGUUGGAUGUCUGAAGCUCAGUCGUGGCUCGCUGCUCCCUGCACCUACACCUCGGCUAAAUGUCUGGGCAGCCACGUUCACGCUCUGCAGAUGGUGCUGGACGACUCGGCCCAGAUCCGAACCACUCUGCAGAACUUCAGCUCCGUCCUGAAGGAGAUGUCGCAGGUUUGCGACGUCACGACUCUGCAGGAGCAGCUGGUGGAAGCCGACCGCCAGGUGGCCGACGUCCAGGACAGUUUCACGGCUCCUCUGUCUCAGCUGGAACAUGCCGCUGCCGAGGUGGAGGCCAUCGAGAGUGAAGUCAGGAAGAUGGAGAGCGACGUGGCUGAGAUCAAGACUUUACUGUCUUCUCCUGAAUCUUUACCGAGCCCCAGAGAGGACAGCCUCAAGACGGUUGAACAGAGGAUCCAGUCGAUGAGGAGGACAGUAGCUGAGAUCCAGAAGUGCAAACCAGGACUCUGUCUUCCAGAAAAGGCUGAAGAGACUCUGACUGUGUUCAGUGUUGUGGAUCAGCUCCAGACUCUGCUGCUGGAGCUGGAGAAGAAGGUUCCUGCUCUGUUCAUCGCACAGCCUCCGACUCCGGUCCAAGCCAAAGCUCAGUCAACCAAACAGACGACGUCUCAGCCUCAGCUGCAGAAAUCUGCUUCUGGAGAGGCCGAGAAGGAGGAACAGGGUCAAAUCAGGAUCGUCCACGUUGAAGAAGACGUUCUGAGGAGAACCGGAGCCACACUGCUGACAGUAGAACGAACCUCACCUGAACAGAGACAGUCCUGGACACCUGAAAGCACUCAGCAGCGUGAGCAUCCAGCUGCUGAAGGCGAGCAGAGAGUGGAAGAGUUUGGAGGAGGUGUUUUCUGGUGGCUCUGGGAUGCUUUCCUGGGCACUAUGCCGGAGGAACCUGCUGUUGUCGCCUCAGAAGAGGCUGAAGCUGCUGUUGGACAAAAAACUGAACCGACUGCCGCAGAAAACAAGGAUGUUGAGGUCUCCACUGACACCACUGAAGCAAGUUCAUCUGAAGCUUUAUCAAAACCCCUGGGCACAGUCAGAACUCAGUCACUGCCCGAGAGCAUGGGACCAGGAGACGUCUUCCAUGUCUGCCUGGACAGAGUCGCCCAGCUGGAGUCGUGGCUUCAGGAAGCCCAGAAGAUCCUGACAGCCGCUGGACCCGACAUGCAGGACAGCAUGGAGCAGCAGCUACUCACCUGCCAGGAGAUGUUCCUGGAGAUCGAGCAGAAGAUUUCCAGUUUGCCAGCCUUCAACCAGCAGCAGCAUGAACUGGGAGCUGUGGGAUCCCAGCGGGAUGAACUGGGAGCUGUGGGAUCCCAGCGGGACGAACUGGGAGCUGUGGGAUCCCAACAGGAUGAACUGGGAGCUGUGGGAUCCCAACAGGAUGAACUGGGAGCUGUGGGAUCCCAGCAGGAUGAACUGGGAGCUGUGGGAUCCCAGCGGGAUGAACUGGGAGCUGUGGGAUCCCAGCGGGACGAACUGGGAGCUGUGGGAUCCCAACAGGAUGAACUGGGAGCUGUGGGAUCCCAACAGGAUGAACUGGGAGCUGUGGGAUCCCAGCAGGAUGAACUGGGAGCUGUGGGAUCCCAGCAGGAUGAACUGGGAGCUGUGGGAUCCCAGCAGGAUGAACUGGGAGCUGUGGGAUCCCAACAGGAUGAACUGGGAGCUGUGGGAUCCCAACAGGAUGAACUGGGAGCUGUGGGAUCCCAGCAGGAUGAACUGGGAGCUGUGGGAUCCCAACAGGAUGAACUGGGAGCUGUGGGAUCCCAACAGGAAGCUGCUGAACUUCUAGCCUGCAGACUGGAAGUUCUGAAGAAGAACCUGGUUUGUUUCCAGAAGCUGCUGCAGGAGAAACAUCAGGAGGACGAGAAGACGAACCAGAGAGAACCUCAGCAGCUGCGGUCUGUCGUUCCGUCAGAGCGCCACCAUGAGUCCAGACUGAAGCGCAGCAGCAGCGUUCAGGAGAUUUUCUCUUCCCCCAGAAACAAACUGCUCAGACAGAGCAGCCUGCAGCAGCAGAAGGAGUUGGAGCAGCAGCUGUCAGAGCAGAAAGGUUUGACUCAGGCCAUCGCCAGGCAGGGAAGCAGAGCGAGACUCUGCAGCCAAGAACCAGGACCAGGACCAGGAUCAGGACCAGGAUCAGGAUCAGGAUCAGGACCAGAAGAAACACACAGCUGCCGUCCCGCUGGUCCUGGUUCUGGUCCUGACCCUGCUGUGGACCAGGACCAGGCUCUGAGGAGGUGGUCGGUCCUCCAGAGCCGGCUGCAGGCUGCCUGUCAGGUGAUUAUCAUCUCUGUGACAGACUCAUCUGGGAGCAGAAGCAGCGCAGCAGCAGGACGCAUGAUUAUCACCAAGAACCUGAAAGAGCUGCAGGGCUUCAUCAGCCGCCUGAGAGAGCUGAGGCACACAUCAGCCCAGACCCUGAAUCAGGAUUCCUGUCAGACGCUGGACGAGGGUUUGUUUGAUUUGCUGCACGGCGUCUCCCUGUCGCUGUCCUCCAUCCUCAACCAGCUGCAAACAUCUGCAGACAAAACAGAUGAAGAAGAAACUCGGCUGGAGCUGCUGCAGCUGCAGAGUCUGUCGACUGAACUGAGCUCUCUGGGUUCUGAGCUGAUCUCUCAGGGCUCGAAGGUCGGCCUGGUUCUGGGUUCAGAUCCGGUCCAGAAGUGUUUGGAUGGUCUGAGUAGAAUCCUUCAUCUGGUCCUGGAUCAGCUGAGCAACAAGGAGAAGCAGCUCAGGAACAUUCUGGACCAAACUGCACAAAAACAGAUCACAGUGUGUUUUGUCCACAGAAACAGCUUAAACGAGUUGCAUGCCGCCUUCACCUCUAACCAGUCGACUGUUCACCAAAUCACUAACGACUUCAGAGGAGAUCUGGGUCUAAACGAGCAGCUGCAGGUUGGUGUCCAGAUGCAGGAAUCUCUGCAGCAGCAGGUCCAACAGGUCAACUCUCUGCUGGAAGAAGCCGACAAACAAAACCUGCCGACGUCCGUCAUCCAGCAGGCGACACAGCUGCAGGGUGAGCUGGACUCGGCACUUGGUUCCGUUGGUUCUCGCUGUGAGGAUCUAAAGAGCAGAAUGGAUCUACAGCAGCUUUAUGAAGGUCUGGUCCUCAACCUGGAGGAGCUGGUCCUUCUGGGCUCCAGACGCCUCCAACAGCAGCCCGAUAUGGAGCUCCAAAGCAGGGAUCAUCUCCAGCAGCAGCUCAGCAGACAUACGCUCCUGACCAGCAGAGGUCCAGAUGUCGCCCCCCAGAGGUGGCAGGAAGUAGUGAAGAACCUGGAGGACGAGGUGGUCCAACUACAGCAACAAGGACUGGAUAAAGCUUUGGUCUCAGUGGAGGAGGACAGUUCCUGGUCGGAUUCUCUGCUGAAAGACGUCGAGAUUUCAUUUCCCAAGAUGCACCAGUGGUCCGACUCUGAGCAGCAGGUAUCGGAGAAGCUCUCGGUCUACAGGGAGCUUCAUCACAUCCUGGAUUCCAACAAGUCUCGGUUCGAUCGGCUGCUGGAAGCCGGCUGGCGGCUGCAGAGUUCAGGAUGUCGAGGAGUCGGAGAAACGACCUGUAGACUGGAGGCUCGAUGGAGAACUUUACAUAAGAGGCUGGAACACGAACAAACCAGCUGUGACAGAAAAAGGAAGAUGAAGAACAGGUUUCUUUGUGACUCCGCGGUGCUUUCUGAUUGGAUGUCCAAAGCCAGAGAACUGAUUGAUAAAUGGAGUCAGGUGACUGUUUCGUCCAGUCAGGAGACGGAUGUUGAACAACGGCAAGACAACUUCCUGCAGUCUGUGGCUCUGACCAAAGAACUGGAGGUUAAAUCUGACCUGAAGGUGGCGCUGGUCGGUUCUGCUGCCCAGCUGGUUCAGCUGAUGGAGACUGAUGGAGAUCUGGAGGACAAAGAGAUUCAGACGUCCGUCGAUUCUCAGCUCAGACUGAUAGAACAGAAGUGGAACGUUCUGCUGACUGAGGUUCCUGCCGUCCAACAAGAUCUACAGAAGCGGUGGAUGCAGACAUUGAGCCAGCAGGUGGCGCUGACGGAGCUCCAGGUUCAUGUCGGAGCUGCUGAGGAACAUCUGAGUAGAACUAAGCAGAACCUUUGCAGCAGCACCAACCUGAUGCAGCUGCUGAGAUACUGCAAGGACUGUCAGACGGAGCUAUCGGCUCAUCAGACCACUCUGGACUUUGUGAAUCAGCCGCUGCAGACCUGCAGUUCCGAUGACGGCCAGAGGAGGCGCUACGAACACAACCGGUAUUCAGAGGAGCAGGGUCGGCUCAACCACCGGUGGCUCAGUCUGCAGAAAAACCUCAACUAUCAGGUCCAGGAGCUGCUGCAGGAGCUGAGGAGCAGAGCGGAGCAGGACACCAGACUGCAGCACAUCAACAGCUGGAUCACAGAGCAGAACAUCUGGAUGGACUCGGACCAGAGAACCAGCAGCUGGACGGAGCUGCAGAGGAGCAUCAGCAGCUGUCAGGAGCUGGAGGAGAAGAUCAGGCCGAAGUCUGAAGCUCUUGAGAAGUUAAAAGAUAAAGUUUAUGGAAGAAACGGAGAAAACGGUGAUUUUAUCUGUCAGACAGAAGAAUCCAUUCAGGCCUGUUCAGCUCUCACACUGAAGAAUAACUCAGUUAAACAGAAGCUGACUGAGACUCAGAAGCUUUGGGACGACGUGGAGAAGAAGCAGAAUCACCUGAUGCUGAAAACAGCGAGAACAUCUCAGACUCUGGAUUAUUACAGCAGCUGUUCACUUUCUCUGCAGGCUCAUAGAUGUCAGCAUGAAAAACUGCAGCUUCUUCAUGAGGAGACCAGAGCUUCAGAGGGUGAAUGGGAAGAGCUGAGUCAAACUGUCGUCUCACUGAAGGAAACCAUCAGUCCUGCUGCUGCCGUUAUCAUCACUGAGAGGCUGGACAGACAGAAGGACAGUUGGGCUGAAGUGUUGGGAGUUCUGAAUCAGCGGCUACAGAAGAGUCAACAGAUCCUGCAGGUUUGGGAGGUUUACUGUCGACUGGCCGGAUGUUUCUCUGAACGACUACAGAAGUUGGAAAACGCAACUAAAUCUGAGCUGAGCGACUCUCCUGGACCAGACAACACCGUGGAGCAGGUUACCAUGAAGAUACACAAUGUUCAGAACCUCCUGGACAGAACCUCCUCCCUGCAGUCGGACCUGGAGGAGCUGCUGGACGCCUCCAAGAGCCUGAUUGGCCACCUGGAGCCCUCAGCUCUGGUCCAAUCAGAGAGCCGCUUGUUGUCACGUGGCGUCCUGCAGCUCAGCGAGAGGCUGACAGGGAAGCUGGGUCAGCUGCAGGAGGAGCUUAAGAAGCUGCAGCAGUUUGAGGAAGAUCUGGAGUCACUGGAGGGAAGUCUGAAGGUUUGGCAGCAACGUCUGGAGUCUGCAGCUCAGACGGACGACCAGUCUGACCUCCUGCAGCUCAGCGGUCUGUCUGCUGACCUCGACGUCCUCCAGGAUCUGAGCCGUUUCCUGACGCUGGGCGACGCUGCAGCUCGACGUCUGCAGAGAACCGGCCGACGCUGGAGUGAAGCUGCAGCCAGAGCCGAGGAGGCCUGCAGUGAGCUGCAGACGGAGGCGCUGAGGCUGCAGAGCUUCGAGCAGAAGUGUGAGAGCUGGAUGUCGUUCCUCCAGAGGAUGGAGGACGGUCUGACGGUGGACGUAGCCGCAUCUUAUGUCGGCCUCAGACAGCAGCUCUGCACACACAAAAGGUUCCAGGCUGAGCUCUCCAUCGGACACCAGAUCCUUCAUUCAGUCAUCGCUGAAGCUCUUCAUCUGCUGCAGAGAGGAGAAGUGGAGGACAGGAGUGACUUCAUCCUGAAGCUGGCCCAACUCCGGGAGCACUGGCAGGGGGCGGUGCAACGGGCCGACCAGCGGCGCUCCCUGGUGGACGGUUUGGUGAAACACUGGCAUUUGUACAGCCGCAGCCUCAGGAAGCUGCAGAGGUUCCUGUCGGACACCCAGAACCUCCUUCCUCCAGCCGGACCGGUCCGAUGCAGCCUGCAGCAGCUGAGACGGUCGCUGCAAGACCUCCAGCACACCGAGCUGCUGUUCCAGAGGUACCAGAGCAGCUUCAUCCACACCCUGGAGGUCGGCCGGCAGCUCUUCUCCAUGGGCGACGAGGACACCCAGACCCAGCUUCAGACGGAGCUGGGAACCCUGCAGGAGGAGUGGGAGAACCUCCACAGUCUGCUGGGUCGGAGGAUGGACCUGACCGAGGCCAUCAUCAAGAACUGGGAGCGCUGCGAGGCCGGGCUGGCCGACAGCGUGAUGCAGCUGAAGGACAUGAAGACCAGACUGAACCAGUCGAUGCCAGAGAGCGACGACGAGCUGCGGAGCGCCGAGAAGUUCAACAAGGAGAACGAGGACGUCCUGGAGGACUGGGCUGAGAGCCUGACGGAGCUGAGCGCCAUGAAGACGGACCUGAGUCAGUACAUCAUCGCCGACGACGUCCUGCUGCUGCAGGAGCAAGUGGAGCAUCUGCACUGUCAGUGGGAGGAACUCUGCCUGAAGGUGUCUCUACGUAAACAGGAGAUCGCCGACCGACUCAAUGCCUGGAUCAUCUUCAACGAGAAGAACAAGGAGCUGUGUGAAUGGCUAACCCAGAUGGAGAACAAGGUGGCCCACAACUCAGACCUGAACAUCGAGGAGAUGGUGGAGAAACUCAAGAAGGACUGCAUGGAGGAGAUCAACCUGUUCAGUGAGAACAAAACUCACCUGAAGAAGCUCGGAGAGCAGCUCAUCACCGCCAGCAACAAGACCAAGGAGACGGAAAUAAACGACAAGCUGAAGGACGUCAACGACCGCUGGCAGCAUCUGUUCGACCACAUCGAGACCAGGGUGAGGAAGCUGAAGGAGACUCUGGUGACGGUUCAGCAGCUGGACAAGAACAUGAGCAACCUGAGGACUUGGUUGUCUCGGAUCGAGGCCGAACUCGCCAAACCGGUGGUUUACAACGUCUGCCACAGCGACGAGAUCCAGAGGAAGCUGGCCGAGCAGCAGGACCUACAGCGGGACAUCGAGCAGCACACCGAGAGCGUAGCGUCGGUGUUGACGUUGUGCGACGUCCUGCUUCACGAUGCCGACGCCUGCGGCAGCGACUCGGAAAGCGACUCGAUCCAACAGACGACCAGAAGUCUGGACCGACGCUGGAGGAACAUCUGUGCCAUGUCCAUGGAGAGGAGGAUGAGGAUCGAGGAAACAUGGCGUCUCUGGUGUAAGUUCCUGGAUGACUACUCUCGGUUUGAAGACUGGCUGAAGUCGGCCGAAUUCAUUGCCGCUAAUCCAGACUCGUCCAACGUCCUCUACACCUGUGCCAAGGAGGAACUCAAGAAGUUCGAGGCAUUCCAGCGGCAGGUCCAUGAACGUCUGACUCAGCUGGAGCUGGUCAACAAACAGUACCGCCGUCUGGCCCGAGAGAACCGAACCGACGCUGCCAGCAAACUGAAAGUCAUGGUGCACGAAGGGAACCAGCGGUGGGACAGUCUGCAGAGGAGGGUGGCGGCGGUUCUACGGAGACUAAAGCACUUCACCUCCCAGAGAGAAGACUUUGAGGGAACUCGUGAAGCGAUCCUGGUCUGGUUAACGGAGAUGGACCUUCAGCUCACCAACGUGGAGCAUUUCUCAGAGAGCGACAUCGAGGACAAGAUGAGGCAGCUCAAUGGCUUCCAGCAGGAAAUCACCCUCAACACCAACAAGAUCGACGCCCUGAUUGUGUUCGGGGAGAACCUGAUCCAGAAGAGCUCUCCUCUGGACGCCGUUCUGAUCGAAGAUGAGCUGGAGGAGCUCCACUCGUACUGCCAGGAGGUGUUUGGGCGGGUGGCUCGAUUCCACCACCGGCUGGUCAACAGACGGCCGGUUCUGGAGGAGGACCGGGAGAUGUCGGACCGAGACACCGACCUGGAAGACUCUCCGGAUCUGACCAACAGUGCUUCCUGGACGGAGACAAGGAGGAAGAAGGAGGAAUAUGAAGCUCCGGCGGUGGUGGGCGGAGUCUCAGCGAGUCGACAGGUUAUGUGUCACCUGUUAGCUCCUCCCUUGGAGCGGUCGGGCCGAGAGACGCCGGUCAGCGUGGACUCCAUCCCUCUGGAGUGGGAUCAUACGGUGGACGUGGGAGGCUCUUCAUCGCACGAGGACGAUGAGGACGCCACUUUCUUCAGCGCUCUGUCAGAUGUGAAGGUGACAGAAAGCUCAGAGAGUUUCGUUGAAGCGACUGUCACGGCGGCGAGAGCAGCAUCUGUGAAGUCGGUGACCGACCCACCCAACUGGCACCAACCGGGUUCUCCGGAGAGGAAAUGGGUUCCGAGAGAAAUCAUCCGAGGCAUUAAUUCAUCCCCAACACACACCAGCACUCCAUUCAACCAGCAGGGCUACGUGAAGCUGAUGUCGGAGUGCAGCGGCAGCAUCGACAGCGUAAAAAGAGUCAAACUGAUCCUGAACGAUGACGAGGAGUUGGAGGAUGGAGGUCUGACCAGCAGCAUGGCCAACAAACAGACCAGCACAGCUGUGAUUGAGCGCUGGGAGCUGCUACAAGCCCAGAAGUUCUCCAACAAGCCGGACGUGAAGCAGGACCUGGACCAGUGGCAGAAGUUGAACUCGGACCUCUGUGGUGUCACUUCCUGGCUGGGUCGAGUGCUGCCUGAGCUGGAGAGGCUGCAGAGGAUCGCUCCAUCCACCAGCAUCCGAGAUAUCGAGGUCAACAUCAUGAAGCUAAAAGAAAUGCAGAAGACCUUCAACAGCUACAAGUGUCUGAUGAUCUCCAUCAACCUGAGCAGCCCUCACUUCCUGCGAGGCAACAGUGCUGAGCUGCAGGAAGCUCUAAGCUCAGCCAAUCACAGCUGGAUGCAGUCCUGUAGGGGUCUGGAGAGCUGGGAGAGGAGGUUGCACUCUGCACUCAUGCAGUGUCAGGAGUUCCAUGAGAUGCUCCACUCUCUGCUGCUGUGGCUCGCUCAGGCUGAGAACAAACUCUAUGCUGUGAACGUUGGAGAUGUUUCAACUUCACCAUCUGUCCUGAUGGAGCACCGAGACACUCUGAUGACUCUACAGGAGGAGCUGCGUGGUCGCUGUGGGCAGGUUUCUUCUCUGCAGGAAAUCUCCUCCCAGCUGCUGCUGGAGGCCACGGCUGAGGACAGCGUGGAGGCCAAAGAGAAAGUUCACGUCAUCGGAAACAAACUGCAGCUGCUGCUGAGGCAGACGGCCGCCGAUCUGGAGACGCUGCAGGGAAGAAUGGAAACCCGUUGGACCGGUUCAGAGCUGGACAGUAUCGGUCUGGGAGGCAUCAGCUCACCGCUGCAGAAGGAGGAAGUCGGUCCACAGGCAGCAGCUGUCAGGGAGGAGCGGCGGGAGUCCUCCCCACACCGACCAUUCUUCUACCGGGUGCUUCGAGCCGCCUUCCCCCUCCACCUGCUCUUCUUCGUCCUGCUGGUUCUGGCCUGUCUGGUCCCUCUUUCAGAAGAACACUACAGCUGCACUCUGUCCAACAACUUCGCCCGGUCCUUCUACCCGAUGCUGCGCUACACCAACGGCCCUCCGCCCACGUGAACACUGCCGAGGAAAAAACAAACCGACAUGAAGAAGCAGCAGCGCCUUCACACCCGAGGGACGCUUCAUGUUGUUGUAUUUAAAAGUGUAUUUAUUUAUUGCUCUGAAUAAGAAGCCAUAUCACUGGUUUGUUUUGAAGUUUUUUUUUUUUACAUGUAGAUUUUGCCAGUUGACGUCCUGCCGAACAGCUUCAAAGGAAACAAAAGUCACCAGAUUUAUUUUUAAAAUCUAUAUUUUGUACACUCGCAAUAAUAAUAAAAACAAAAGGACGGUUGUUACCAAAGCACCCACAGAUGGAGGAGCCAUUUUCUAACAGUUUUCCUCAGAAACAGCCACUUGAUUAGCACAUUUUGUACAGAAGAUCAGGUUUUUUUUGUUCGAUUUAGAGAUAUUUAAGGUUUCUUUUUGAAAAUCGAUGGCAGUGACUCUUCUUCUGCAGACAUGCCUUUAUCUGUAGCCAACAACUAUCAGAAUGUCUUUUAAAUGAAUCCUGUACAUAACAACAAACUACCGAGAAGGUAAAUUAUCGUUUCUGAGCACGAGAAUGAAAGUAGCCGUAAAUAAAGUAGCUCAAGUCACGCUGGCUUGUUACUUUUUGGCAAAAUUUUCCUACAAUUUAGCAAAAAACUGUGGAUUAUUUCAGCAAAAUGCUAAAGUUUCUGCAAGGAUCCUAAACUUAAAGCUGCAUUAAGAAGAGAGUUGCAGUUUUUGUGUUAAAUUCCUAAGGAAAUAAAUUUCACUUUAUUCCCAAGCUAGCCGCUAAUUUAGCUCGUCUAAUUUUUGGUUGGUCUUGGUGACUGUGCCGCCUUAAAAUCAAACAAUAAAAAAAUGGUGCUAAAAGCUAAUUUAUUGGUCCUAUGUAAAAUUCAAAGAUGAUAUAUUUGCUUAACGGAGCUUAAAAGUUGAGUCGCAACCAACAAUUACUGGUUUUGUCCAAAGAUAUUCAGUUUACUGCCAUAGAAUCGGAAAGAAACCGAAAAAUAUUUACAUUUAAGAACUGGAAUCAGCUUUUCUUUCCUACAUUAAGUUCCUCAAACUGAUGAUUUGGUUGACAAAGUUGUUGGCGACUAGUUCAUAAACGGUUGCAGCUCUACUUUAAAGGGAUUUUUGUUUUAAAUUUGUACUAUAAUACUGAUGUAGCAUUAUUAGCUGUGACUUUAUGUCAAGAAAAUCUAUUAAACGUUAAAUUAUUAAGAGUCGUUACUCACCCAGCACUGCCAGAUUCACUCGAAACCCUGAAAAUAUCAAACAUUUAACAGGUUAAAACAGAGAUUUGUAUAAAAAAUGUAUUGAUUUUGGAUGUAAUCUUAUGAGCAGCGGGUGCCAAAAAGCUAACAAGCCGGACAUGGAGUCGAACCUGAAUGUAAGAAAUCCUGCGAGCAAUGAAUGUAGCUGCACAAUCAAAGACGUACUGUUGGUGUUUUUAACCCUAAUAAAGGUUUCUGUGAACGCGCUGUACAGACACUCCGCUCAGACGGCCAACACAACAGGAACAAACAACAGGAAGUGUGUAAAGUUUGAUUUAUUUUGUGAUCUUAUUCAUGGGAUGUAUAGAUUGUCUUUUUUUUUUGGAUUGACAAUAAAACCGUGUUUGCCACGA